AAUCUGCGUCCUGUAAUGGGUCAAAAAGCCCAAACGCUGCUUCCUAUAAUGGGCCAAACAGAACCCAAUAACAUCACCCUCAUCAUCAACGUUAUCUUCUUUGCAACAAAACUGAACAUUCACUCACUUUCUCCAAUGGCUUCUAUCUUCUCACAACCCUCACCAUCCUCAUUACUCAUCAACCAUUCUUCUAAUUUCAAGGGCAACGUAACAAAUCUCAAGUCAAACAUUUGCCAAUUUUCAUCAAAACCCAACAACAACAACAACAAAUCGCAACAACGGAAACUGUUAAUUGUAGCUGCGAUUCCAUCAUCUGUUGUGAGUUCCAGUGUCCGGUUUCGACUGGAUAAUCUGGGUCCUCAACCGGGUUCCAGAAAGAAUGCGAAGAGAAAGGGUAGGGGACAUGCAGCGGGUCAAGGUGGGAGCUGUGGGUUUGGGAUGAGGGGUCAGAAAUCGAGGUCUGGUCCAGGUGUUCGUAAGGGUUUUGAAGGGGGUCAGAUGCCGCUUUACCGUCGGCUUCCUAAGCUUAGGGGUAUUGCUGGAGGUAAUUGUAAUGUUAUUGUUUGUUAUCCACUGUUUUAGUAAGCUUUUUUGGUGAGUUUUGUGUGCACACCAGGUGUUUGUUGAAAUGACUGAAUGGAAUUUGAAGAGGUAUGGUCCCAAUUCCCUGCCUACAUGGCAGGGACCACACCACUUUUUGUGCACACAAGGCAUCCAUGUCACCAAGACCUUCUAGAAGCUUCCAGAAGAUGUCUAGGCGGUCCAUAGCUGGCAUCAAAGAUGCUCUAUCCGACAUAAAGGACAACACGUGUAACCAUACGCAGAAUGCCACAUAGGCCUGCGACAAAUCAGGGAGCAGGGCUGACGACGCCAGUACGAGGUAUCCAGCGUGG